AUGGCGCACCAGAAGCGCGAGCACCUGCGCGUGUUGGCCGACGGCUGGGGACAGCAGACCACCGGCAGCGUCUUUUGCGCCGACUCGAGUCUGCGGUACAUUUACGAGAGCGCCAGUGCGUCUGCCUCGUUUGCUUUGUCUGUCGCGUCGCCAGUGCUCGCCCCAAGCGCCGCCACGAAACGUCGCGACGUGUCGCACGUACUUGUUCCGUCGAAACAGGUGGCGACUUGGAACGGUCCGUCGGCGACGCUUGGGGCGAGCACUGCUGACGCGCGCGAGAGCCAGUGCGUCAACGACCACCACGUCGCUGUUGCACGUGCGUGCCACGCGAUCGCAGAGCAGACGCGUGCGAGUCCGCCGUGCGGCUAUGAGUGCUCUGUGUGCUUUAGCGCGAACGCCGUCGCGCAGCUCUCGAACUGUGGCCACACGUUCCAUCCGCAGUGUUUUCUGCGAUGGUUCCGGUCGACCCCAACGUGUCCGCUGUGUCGUGCACCGGUGGACACGAUCGAAGCUGUGGCGUUUGGCCCGCAGCCAACUGAGCUCGACGCGCUGAUGGCCGAAAUGGAUCCAGACGAUGCGCUGUUGGGUCCUGCCGCCGACCAGCUGAUGUCGUUCUUUGAGACCGAAUUGGAUACAGACAUGGAGCUCGUGGCGCUUGAGGCCUUGAGCACAGCGCCUGCGGACUCGAUCGAGUUGACGCUGGAGCCAGACGAGGGAAUGGUACAGGAGGCGACGCCAAUGGACAUUGACUUGACACGAGAACGUGGUGUGCGCGACUGCUUCGAGGACUCGAUGCAACGGAUGGACGCGGUAGCAAUGCCGCAGCAGUUUCUACCUGCAGCUUCGACGGUCCCGAACUACUGGAACGUGCUGCAUCAAGGCACGACUGUGUCUGCAGUGCCACUUGGAGGAGCUCCUCCGAGGAUGGUGCACAUUGUCCCCAAGAUGGAUGGCAAGACAAUACCGGACUCUAUGGGUACGAGUGCUGGGACAAUGGAGCUGGCGGGCAACAGGCAGGUAAGGUCAGUGUAUGACGAUCACUACCAUCAUGAGGCUGUUGGUGGUCGUGCUUUGGCAUCUGCCGCGACCACUCGUGUUGUCUCGUGUCGGUGUACUGGAGGCUGCAAGAAUGGGCGCUGUGCCUGCGUCAAAGAAGGCGGUAUGUGUGGGAUCUCGUGUCGGUGCACGUCGUGCAAGAACCCCUACUUGAUGGUCAAAGCCGCUGGUGCAGACAUUGAGGCACUGUUGAAAGACGACUGCUUUAUGCACAAUGUGUCCAAGACUCGAGAUAUGGUCCGACGGCUGCAAGAGCCAGUGGUUGUGCCGUGUUGUGCUCGCACGAUCAAGGUCGUCGAGUGCGUGCAGGGCUACACGUGCGAGGUGUGCACCCAGCGGUACGAUUUCUCGUGGUGUACGACCAAACUGCUGGCGAGUGAGCGCACUCCACGCAAUCACUGUGCCAUUUGCAGACGAUGCUGUGACCAUCGCGACGUGCACUGCCAUGACUGUGGUCGCUGCUACUUUGCUGGCGUGGUAGCAAGUCUGCCGUGUCCGUGCAAAGAAGCGCUGGGUCACAAGAAACAUCGCGAGGCUAUGGCAAAAGACAAGAGUGACGACGCUGAGGAAGAAGCGGAAGGCGAGUGCUGCAUCAUGUAG